UGUAUGUGCAGUUUGUUUUUUUAUUUAUCAUAAAUGAAAGAGAACCAAAACUAUAUAUUUUAAAAUGUUCAAUCUUGAGAUAUAACAAGAAGACAGGUUGACGCGUACGUACAGCUCGGGAGCUCAACGCCCCGAGUAGCUCCGGGCGUCACACUCCCAUACUGGAAAGCGGCUCUUUUCGAAAGGAAUAAGCGCUAAUGCCCGGAGCUGUUCCGGAGCCCCACCUAGGUGUGAAAGGAAAUAGACUACGGAAACCAAUUUUUCGAAUUGACUCUUGACGUAACAGCAUACGUGUUUGACACUUCACUUGUGUUAUUCAAAAUAUUCCUAUUAUUUGUUAUUUGUGAUUGAGUGGUGUGUUUAAUUGUUAUUUAUUUCCCUCAAUUCUCUCCCUGAACUGUGAAGUCUCUAUCAUUAUUAUUAUCAAAUAAACAGAAAGAACAAGAUUUUAUUCUCGUCAAUCAAUCAUAAGAUAACGAGGUUGGCAUGGAUUACUGCGGAUUACAGUUUUAUUACCAAUGACAAGACAAGGUGUACAGCUACAGCGUACUUCUAAAAAAUAACCAAUGAGAAAGCAGUAGGUACGUACCUAAGUAAAUACUUUAGUGGUUACAGAUGUGAACUGUGAAAUAAAAUGGUCCAACAGCCGGAAAUAGUGUUUACAGACGAUGACACUUGUUUAACAAUACGUAAAAACACUACUGUUAUAACAAACAUUUACGAUGGCAUCCCAGAAACAUUAAUCCUGAACGUUAUAUGCUGGAUAUUAUUGAUACUGUUGUUUGCCAUAUUGAGGAACCGUGCCUGGGACUAUGGAAGAUUAGCACUGGUACAUACAGAAAAAUGGACACAACUCUUCUACAAAAAUACAGAUGACGCAGUAGCUGUUGAAGAAACAAGUGCAGAUAUGUCGUUGGUUCCCGAUACAGGCUGCUUGUGGUUUCCUUCGGUUUUCAAAAUAACUAAAAACAAAAUAUAUGCAAGAUGUGGACCAGAUGCUCUACAUUAUUUGUCAUUCCAAAAACACAUAUUGAUAUUAUUUGCUGUCAUAACAGCAUUUUCAAUUGGAGUGAUUUUGCCAGUUAAUUUCCAAGGAACACUUGAAGGUAACAGUACAACUUUUGGACACACAACUCUAAGUAAUUUGGGCCCAUCAUCAAACCUAUUAUGGGUUCACGUGAUGGCCAGUUUAUGCAUGGCACCUCUGACAAUCUUAAUUAUGAAAAAAUGUUCUGGAAAAAGCCCUAGUGCAUCUACUCUAUCCUCAAGGACUUUGAUGGUCACCCACAUAUCCAAGCAACACCGGAAUAUAGAGGACAUCAAAAACUACUUUGCUGUUAGAUAUCCUCAAGUGGAAGUAGUAGAUGUGCAACUUACCUAUAGGGUGAAAAAAUUAAUGAAAUUGGAAAAAGAAAGAAAUAAAGUAUAUGAGGCAAAACUCUAUUGUACUGAGAAUGGUCAUAGAGGUGACCGGCCCAUACAAGUUCAACCAAACGGUUGUAUGUGCUGUUGUUCAUGUAAUACUGUAGAUGCGUUGGAAUACUAUACAAGAGAUGAGCAACGUUUAAAUGACUUGGUGUUAUCUGAAAGGAGAAAUGCGCUUUCUAAUGCCUUAGGUAUUGCUUUUGUUACAGUGGGUUCUGAAGAAAUGGCCCAGUAUGUGGCUAAAUCUUUUGAGCCAGGUACACUUCGCCACUGGAAUAUAGCUCAAGCACCAACACCCGCAGAUAUAAACUGGGAAAAUUUAGAAAUAUCUUAUAGAAACUGGUAUUCUAAAGCUGUAGUUAUUAAUUUAUUAUUAUUUUUGGUGCUUUUCUUUUUAACUACUCCAAUUAUUUUUAUAAAUUUGUUUAAUCAGAUUAACCAGGCCAAUGGAGACUUCAUAAACAAAUUAAGCCCAGUAGUUUCACAGUUUUUUCCAACUCUGUUGCUAUUGUCUGUAUCAGCUUUGAUGCCUGUCAUUGUGGCAUAUACAGAUGAAUGGAUGUCCCAUUGGACAAAAUCCAAGCAGAAUUUUUCUGUCAUGUUCAAAGCUUUCUAUUUCUUGCUAUUUAUGGUGCUAAUUUUACCUUCUUUGGGAUUAACUAGUGCUCAGGCUUUUGUAGAAUGGACUUUACAAAAUGACAAAGUUCGCUGGAAAUGUGUAUUUCUUGCUGAUAAAGGUGCUUUCUUUGUAAAUUAUGUAAUUACUUCUGCUCUUAUAGGUACUGCGUUGGAAUUGUUGAGAUUUCCAGAGUUGGCAAUGUAUGCUUUAAGAUUUUCUUUCAUUAAAUCAGAGGCUGAAAAAACAAGCGUUCGCAAAGAAAUUUUAUCAGAGUUUCAAUUUGGUAUUCACUAUGCUUGGACCCUUCUAAUAUUUACCAUUUCUACUGUAUAUAGUUUAUCUUGUCCACUAAUAACGCCAUUUGGAUUGCUCUAUUUAUGCCUAAAACAUUUGGUUGAUAAAUAUAAUAUUUAUUAUGUAUAUAGACCUAUAGCUAUGUCUACUGAAGGACAGCAAAUACAUGCAGGUGCAGUCAAAAUGGUUAGAGUCGCUAUUCUUUUAUGUCAAUUUAUACUAACUGCUUUCUUCUUCAUAAGAGACAGUGGUGGGUUAAACGCAAUGACUUACGUUAUGAUAAUCGGUAUGUGCCUAACGAUAUCAUGUUUCUUUUUUCUGAGCCCUUUUCCUACUUGCAAACCAAUCUCUAGUAUUAAAUCACACUUGCCAGCUCAAAAAGAACAAUAUAUUGCCCCUGUUUUACUUAGUUCUAGUAGUAUUGAAAAUAGUAUUAUAGACAGAUCUUCUCCAACACUAUAUGGAUCAGCCAGUCAUGGAAUUGUAAUUCCAGAAACAGGUUCCAGUAAUGCAUAGAUUUUUAUUAUUUUUUUUUUUUGUUGGCUGUGAGAGUCUUCACCUGGCUGAACCAAGAAUUUUCUCUUUUAGCAUUAUUUUGCUAAUGAUUUAUUGAAUCAUUUUUUAACUUGAAAAGGUUUCAUUGUUAAUUUUUUAUUUCCUGAGAAAUUUUUUACUAGUCGCUAAUAUUUCAUGUCCAAAAUUUGUUUUUAUUUAUAAUAUUUAUGGUGUGUAUGUUCGAAAUUAUAUUUAAAAAAAAGGAAGAAAGUGGAAUUAACUCCUGCCCGAGCCCCUGCCCAAAACUUGGCAAUGGAACAAUUUUCAUCAAAAAUUACGUUUUUUUAUCCUCUGAUUUCAACCUUGCCAUAUAUUAAAAAUAUGUUUAGCUCAAUAUAUUAUUUAAUAUAAUUAUGCAAAAUUAUUAAAAGUUUUUCUCAGAAUUUCAAAUAGAUUUUAAAACCCAAUCAAAUAUCUUGAUUUGGCAAUAUUUUGUUGUUCAAAUCUAAUAAAACUUAUUAACAAAAAAGACUUUUAACGACACUUAACCUGAGCCUGAAAUAUCUAUAUCCUAAAAUAAAAUUACAUAUAUUUUGAUGGUGUAGGCUUUAAUUGCUAAUGAGAGUUUAUUAAAUUUCUCUAUUAUUGCACAGUUUUUUACUGCUUUAAGCAGGGUUGUUAUAAAUUGCAUAGAAGAUAUAGGUAAUUAAGGAAAGUAUCUAAUAUAUGAGUAUCCUUAUUGUUUGUAAGAUGUAUUUAUUUUGUAAUAUAUUAAAUAUUUUAACAUAUAC